AUGUCUCUCAUCACAGCUCUUCAAAACUUGGUUAACACAAUUGCAUUUAAUGACUUACAGCAAGGAUCUGUAAAUAUAAACCAAUGUCAACGGUGUAACCAAACUUGCCUUGAUACGAUUGAAUACUUCAAUACAAUCCUCCAGGAUCCACAGACUACUGUGCAGGUACGGCGAAGUAUUCAAGCUCACAUAGCAAAUUUGAACUGGUAUGCUGUUCAGUUUCUGCGGUUGGGUGGUGUAGUUGUUGGUGGAGACGUGAAUCCUCGCCGCAUUAAAUGGCAAGAUUUAGAGAAUGCGUUUACAAACAACAUCAAGACGGGUUGCAUCAUCAAUCUAACUCAUACAGAUCCCAGCGCAUUCUUCGAAGAUUCACGGGGAAUAGUUAUAGAGAAGGUUGAUGCCAUGCUAAGAGAAGUCGCAGGUCUCAAAGUCAGCGUUGAAUGGUUCUGCAAAUUCAAGAAUUCAAAAGCUGACUCAACUAUUGAAGAAACCAAGUCCAUCAAUGCUAAAAGUCGAGAAAUUCUGCCGUCUACAUCUCUUCAAGACUGGUAUACAGAACACGUACACAAUAAAAUGUUACGAAAACUUGAAGAGCUUGAGACAGCAGGUUCUGGAUGGGCUUUGUCUGAAAUAAAGAAUCUUGUCAUCACGAUGUCGAAAUAUACACCACUCCAAGCUGGGGAUUCAACUUAUGUGAAACUUCCGAGUGAUAUUCUGAAGAAGCGGGAUGCUGUACUCAACAUCGAGAAUCAUGACAACUAUUGCUUCCUCUGGAGUGUCGUCGCUGCUCUUCAUCCUUGCGGUCCAGAAAAACUUGAUUUUAAAACAUCUUCAUAUCCUCAUCCGAGCUCAGUGCUAUCAUAUACAGGUAUUGAAUUUCCCAUAUCACUUAAAGAUAUACCUUGUUUUGAAAAACUAAACAAUUUAUCAAUCAAUGUUUACGGGAUUGAGUCGGAAUUUACCAAGUCUAAGAAUAAGAAAAGCAUUAUUAUUCCAAUAUACCUAAGUAAAUUCAAGUCUGAAAAAGAAACUAUUCAUCUUUUAAUGAUUGAACAAUACAUCAGUCAAUUUGAUGAUUUAGAAAAAAUAAAGCCAAGAUUCCACUUUGCUUUGAUCUUAGAUCUCUCCCGACUAGUUCGAUCUCAAGUAACAGAAUCUCAUAAUAAACAUUUCUUUUGCGAUCGUUGUCUUAAUCAUUUCAAAUUAGAAAAAUCAUAUGAAAACCAUAAAAAUGACUGCUAUAAAAUAAAUAAAGCUCGUAUGAUUUUACCUGACGCAGAGCAUAAAAUACUUAAAUUUAAAAAUUUUCAAAAUAAAGAUACGGUACCAUUUGUUGUUUAUGCUGACUUGGAAUGCAUACUUGCACCCCUGGGAGAUGAUGGUACACAAGAGCACAUUCCACACAGUGAAGCUUUUUAUCAGCAUUGUAGCUAUGACGAUAAUUUAUCUAAAUUUGAAAUUAAUCGUUCACCAACUUGUGUAGAAUGGUUUGUUCGGAAACUAGAAAGUUUAGCUUAUGAAUUCAAUACAUACUCACAGAAUAGUAUUAAAAUGAAGCCACUUACAGAACAACAACAAGAAAUGCACAAUCAGGCAACUGCUUGUCAUAUUUGUGAAAAACCGAUCGUAUCACCGAGAGACAAGUGUUAUGAUCACUGUCACUUUACCGGGAACUAUCGCGGACCUGCACAUAUUUCAUGUAAUGUAAAUUAUAAAAAGCCUCAAACAAUUCCCGUUGUUUUUCAUAAUCUAUCAGGUUACGAUUCACAUUUUUUAAUUAGAUCAUUAGCUACAGUUUUCGAGGGCUCAAUUCAUCUACUUCCUGUCAACAAAGAGCGUUACAUAUCAUUUACAAAAACCGUUAAAAAUACUUCCAUAUCUCUUCGUUUCAUAGAUUCUUUCCGAUUUAUGGCUUCUAGCCUUGAAAAAUUAGCCUCUUAUCUUGAUGAUGACAACAAACGAAUAACGCGUUCACACUAUCCUGAUCCGGAACAGUUUAAACUAGUAACUCGUAAAGGAGUUUUUCCAUAUGAAUACAUUGACUGCAUUGAAAAACUAGAACAAAAGCAGUUGCCUGAUCAAAGUGCAUUUUUUUCAAAAUUAUCAAAUGAAAAUGUUUCCGAUGAAGACUAUUUUUUUGCUCAAGUUGUUUGGACUAAAUUUAAUAUUAAAACACUGGGAGAGUACUCUGAUUUAUAUCUAAAAACUGAUGUACUUCUCCUAGCUGACGUUUUUGAAAACUUUAGAAAGAGCUGCUUCGAGACAUACUCUCUUGAUGCAUUACACUAUUAUACAGCUCCUGGUCUAUCUCAAGAUGCAAUGUUAAAGUAUACUGGUGUGGAAUUAGAGCUCUUAACUGAUCCCGAAAUAUUACUCUUUGUUGAGAAAGCCAUUCGGGGUGGAGUUUCAAUGUGUGCAAACCGAUAUGCAGCAGCAAACAAUCGCUAUAUGGGAGAAUACUUUGAUCCAAGCAAAGAGGAAUCUUAUAUUAUGUAUUACGAUGUAAAUAAUUUAUACGGUGCAGCUAUGAGUCAACCGUUACCAAAAGGCUCGUUUGAGUGGGUAGAAAACAUAACUGAUGUAAAUAGUUUCUUUAACGAUGAUGAAAGAAUAGGCUACAUUUUAGAAGUAGAUUUACAAUAUCCACCGGAACUUCAUGACUUGCACAAAUACUUACCUCUAUGUCCUGAACAUUUUGUUCCACCAGACAGUAAGCAAACAAAAUUAGCUACUACACUCUUUGAUAAAAAAAAUUAUGUCAUUCACUAUAAAAAUUUAGAACAAUGUUUAGAUUUAGGUCUAGUUAUAACAAAAAUACAUCGAGUGUUGCGGUUUGAGCAGUCAACAUGGCUCAAACCGUACAUAGAUAAGAAUACAGAGUGUAGAAAAACUGCCAAGAACGAUCAUGAGAAAAACUUCUUCAAGCUCAUGAAUAAUGCAAUCUUUGGUAAGACUAUGGAGAACGUUAGAAAGCAAAAAGAAAUACAUCUUAUUACUAGAUGGUGUGGAAGAUAUGGCGCAAAAGACCUUAUUUGUAAACCGAAUUUCCAUAGUCUAACUGUAUUUGAAAAAGAUAUGGUUAUUAUUGAGCUGAAGAAAGUUAAAGUAUUAUUAAAUAAACCGAUUUAUGUAGGAUUUUCAAUCUUAGACUUGUCAAAAAUAUUUGUUUAUGAUUUUCACUACAACUAUGUUAAGAAAAAUUAUGAACAUACAUCUAAGCUUUUAUAUACCGAUACGGAUAGUCUUAUCUAUCAUUUCAACGUGCCAAACAUCUAUGAAGAUAUCAAACGUGAUAUUCAAAAGUUUGACACCUCUGACUACCCUCUUGAUAAUAAAUUUGGAAUGCCUCAAGCAAAUAAAAAGGUUUUGGGGCUUAUGAAGGAUAAAAAUAAUGGUGAAAUUAUGUCUGAGUUUGUAGGCCUCAGAGCUAAGUUAUAUGCCUUUAAGCUGCAUAACAAAAAUGAGGCGAAAAAACGAGCAAAGGGUGUUAAAGGUUCAACCUUACGAAGCAUCACGUUUGAGGACUUCAAGCAGUGUCUGUUUGACCAUGUUGAAGUGAAAAGAGAUCAAUACCUUAUUAGAAGUGUAAGACAUGAAGUUAAAACAGUUUUACAAAAACAGAAGUUAGCACUGAGUUGGGAUGAUGAUAAACGUCAACUGCUGGAAGACUCUACAGAUACUCUUCCAUGGGGCUACAAGAAAGCCGAUGUAGAGCCACCAGCUAAGAGGAGAAAAAUGUAA